AUGGCGCUGCUGCGCGCCCUGCGCUGCGGCCUGGGGGCGCGGGCGGCCGGCUGCCCGGCGGGGCCCCUGCGGCCGCAGCCCCCCCAGGGGCGCGCCCUCCGCGUGGGGCCCCGGCUCGCGUCCGCGGCCUCCAGCAAGGAGCUCCUCUUGAAGCUGCGGCGGAAGACGGGGUACUCCUUCGUGAACUGCAAGAAAGCGCUGGAAACGUGCGGCGGGGAUCUGCAGCAGGCAGAGAAUUGGCUCCACAAGCAGGCCCAGAAGGAGGGCUGGAGUAAGGCGGCCAAGCUCCAUGGGAGGAAGACUAAGGAGGGGCUGAUUGGGCUGCUGCAGGAAGGAAACACAGCUGUGUUAGUAGAGGUAAACUGUGAGACAGAUUUUGUUUCCAAGAAUUUAAAAUUCCAACAGUUAGUCCAGCAAGUAGCCCUUGGAACUAUGUUGUAUUGUCAGAACCUCAAGGAUCAACUCUGCACAUACAGGAAGGGCUUCUUGAAUUCCUCUGAGCUCUCUGAUCUUCCUACUGGGCCUGAGAGAGAAGGAUCUCUCAAGGAUCAGCUGGCUUUAGCAAUUGGGAAAUUGGGAGAAAACAUGACUCUUAAACGCGCCGCAUGGGUGAAGGCGCCCGCCGGAUUCUAUGUCGGGUCUUACGUCCACGGAGCGACGCAGAGCCCCUCGCUGCACAACCUGGUGCUGGGCAAGUAUGGGGCUCUCGUCGUCUGCGAGACGUCUGGGCGGACAGCAGACCUCGAGGCCGUGGGCCGCCGCCUGGGGCAGCACGUGGUGGGCAUGGCCCCGCUCUCCGUGGGCUCCCUGGACGACGCGCCCGGGGGAGAGGCGGAGACCAAGAUGCUCGCCCAGCCCUACUUGCUGGACCCCUCCAUCACGCUGGGGCAGUUCGUGCGGCCCCAGGGCCUCUCCGUCGUGGACUUCGUGCGCUUUGAGUGUGGGGAAGGCGAGGACACGGCCGAGGCCGAGUAGCUUCCGGAGACGCCCGGCCCGGGAGGAGACGUCUCUUCACUCUGGAUGUCAUUCCACAGAGAGUUUCCUGGGCCUCUUCAGACCCAGGAUAUUUCACUUGGCGCUCAUAAUAAAAUUACGUUCUCUGUGGUUAAAGUUACUAAGUGAAGUCAUUACACAGUAGACAGACUAGAAUCGUCCUGGCUUGUGUACUCCUGGGUUUAGCUUUUUGGGCCUGUGGCGAGUCCUAGAAAAAACA